CUCAAGGAAGGCUGCGCGACUUCUCAGCAAGCGCCUCUUCGGCAUUUGACGUCAUGUCGGAGGAGAGACUUCCCAGAUGCCUGUGCGUCGACGGCAAAUUGUACUAUACAUGGAUGACGACCGCCAUUGUGAGGGGCGAACGUCGCUUAGCGAGUGGGCAAAAUAUUCUUAAAUUGGGCGAUAUAGGCUGACCUGAUGCCCUUAACUCCUGCCCAAAUCAAAGAUAAGCUGACAAAUGCUCUUGAUGACGACAAAAAUGUGGUGGAUGAGGAAGCUGUUGAGGAAGUCAUCACACUUUUGGAGACCAGUUCCCUCACGAAGGAAAUCCUUGAGCAAACUCGCCUGGGAAGGGAUAUCAAUUACGUUAGAAAAACCAGCAAAAUCCCAGCGACUGCAAAGAGGGCUCGAAACCUUGUAAAAGCAUGGCAGAGGCUGUUUGUUGUUCCAGGGUCCCCACAGGUGGCCAAUGGCCAGCAUCCAAAUGUCAGCUCCUCAUCCCUCCAAAGAAUCAGCCCGGGACUUCAGCGGGUCAGUCCAGGCCUGUCCCCAGCCAUCAGUCGCUCAAACACCCCAGUCAGGUGUGCACCGUCACCUGCAUUGGCACAGGUCAGACAGCAGCAGAGGGUUGCAGGCUCGCGGAGUCCAGCUGCUCAGGUCUCAAAGCUCUCACAGAAACUUCAAAGGGGUAGUGACUCGCGGAGUCCUGCUGUCCUCCGAAGUGCCAGUAACAACCAUGAUGACUCCAAUCUCAGCUGGCCUGGGACUCCCCCUUGUCCGCCUUGUGAAAACAGCCAGGACCGUCUUGCGGGGGAUCGUGACAGUGCUAAACCAGACGCCAGUGGUGGUUCCAAAAACUGUCAGGCAGGAGGCACCAACGAACGUCACUUCAAUUUUGAUCAUAAAUCCUCUGAUCAUUCCUUAGAAUCAACAUCAAAGUUAGUGAACAGGGCAUCGGAUCAAAGAGAUGUGUCUAAAACAAAUGUUGCCAACCGUAAAAGGACGCGUGCUGAAACAAGAUUAGAUGACUCUGAAUCACAAACUCCUUCCUCCAAACAAGUACGUCUUACUUCUUCAUCUCCUAGUCUUUCAGCACCUGUAUUCAGCAAAAGUGAUGUGAUAAAUGGUACUGUACUGCGAAAAAGUGGUAGAAAGUCCCCAGCGGCCUCUGCUUCGACAGAAAAUUUAUUCGUAGAUCACAAAACCAUGGUCUCUUCAUCUAACAAGGGUAGUCUCCUUGACCAACCCGAACCUUCCACGCCGCUUAGUCGAGCAAACAAAAGACUUGCUUUGCAACGGCAAGACAGUGUCAGCUCCCGCUUAUCUGUGCAAUCCACAGAGUUGAGGACUAGAGAAAGAACUAAUAAAGUGAAAACCACCGAGCAGCUCAUUGAAGAUAUGCAGGGCAAAUCCACAACACCAGUAGGCACACAGGUUAUUGCUCAGAUCAGAACGAAUAAGAUUCAGCAAGAAAGUGACUAUCUAAAGCCUGUUCUUCCUCCAGGAGUAAAGCGACGUGGUCGCAAGAAAAAGCAAGAGCGGGAACAGUUAGAACUACCAGACAAGGAGUCUGCCUCUGAUGGGAGAAAAUUAGCACAAACAAAGAGUGAGUACAUUAAACGUUUUCUUCAGACAUCAGUCGCACCCACACCAGGUGAAGAUAUCUAUGAAGCACCAAUUUCCCAGUCUCGUCAUGAAUCUCUUGAGGAGCAACCAAUUGGCUUGGGUGGUUGCAGCACUACCUUUGCGCAGUCUGCGUAUGAUUCAAACUUCCCAUCAUACCCGAGUCGGCAGGACAAGUCCGAUUCAGGUCCGUCUGCAAGCCCCCCUGAAGCCAGAGAUAUAUUAGAAGGUGCUGCACACCAUUUGCCUUCAUCGUCAUGUGGUGUGGCUGAUGUGCAUGCACCAUCUUCUGAGCGUUUGUCAGAGGAACAGAUUCUCGCUCGUCUGCCGCCAAUUGACUUUGACAACAUAGACUGGGCAAGUCAUGACUACCCUUCGCUUCAGCCCAUGCAGGUUGGGAGUGAGCUCGUGGUCAGGUUACACAGUGAAAAUAUGGAAGGGGUCAAUGGGACUUAUGAUCGUGAUGGACAGUUCCGGCAGUGGGCUGAAUUGCUUACAGUGGACUCUGUAUACGACGAACCACUUUACAUAUUGCCAUAUGUGAUCCCAGAUGACUGAUGAGUGACGAGUGCAUGAUAUUUAAGUCUUGAGGUGGGGUUUUUAUAUGUGAUCAAUCUGAAAUUUAUUUAUUUAUUACGAGAUGUUAUAAUGAUUACAGUAAGGAGCCACGUUCUCCUGUUGUGGUUUUCUUUGGAGGGGGGGGGGGGGAGAUACUGCUCUCUGUUUGCUUCAAAUGGGAUUAAAGAAAGUAGAGAGUUCAUACUGAUGGGUGCUUCUGAAGUGUGUGAUGCCUUGUUAGGGGGGAAAGAUCUCUGGCAUGAUCUUUGUGUGAAACUGUCCUCUUAGGGGAAGUAAAGUUACUAGAAAGUUUUUGUUUUCCUUUUUGUCACCUAUCCUCAACGCCCAAUUUUGAAGAUGUUUUUUUCUUUUUAAUGAAUGACACUAAGGGUAGUUUGAAAAAGAUACACAAAAUUUUACAGGCUUAAUUGUCAAUGUCAUUACGCAUAAAAUGUUCAGUAUUACUUCAUCUUUAGUACAGACAUUUCUCAUUCAUUAUGGAUCUAACAUUAGGAGCAGCAGUUUACGGUUUGUUUUAUAAGAUUGGUACAUGUUUAAUUUGUAGUCUCAUGUCAUUGUUUUGUUUGAACAUUUUGUCCCUUGAAGGUGCCUUAACCCUGGAAAUAAUUUUUUUAGAGAUUUGUGCAGAGAUGUUUACUUAUCAAAAACUUUGUCUUGUGUGUUGCACAAGUUUACUUGUCUUGACAUUUUUGGAUUGUUGUCUUCAGUUUGUUGUGGUCUUGAAAUAUUCAUUUUUCUCAGUAGACAUGUUACAUGUUGGGUCCCUUCUUUUCUUUUUUUAAAAGUAAAAAUUGAAAAAGAAUGCCUUUGAAUUAUUAAGUUCCCUCAUAAAACUUUUUCACUGCUGUGUUUGAAGAGCUCACUCUCGUUCCCAAUAGUCUUUUCUUUUGGUUAUAGUACAAAAGUGGUAGCUUUGGCGUUGCUAACGUUUUUAUUCAAUAAAUCCAGUUUGAUGCUUUUACAUAAAGGUAGCGUCAAUUGCCACUGAGUGACGCGGUGGCAAUUGACUUUUUGUCAAUUGCCACCGAGUGAAGGGGUGUCAAGUCUCAAAACAACGUCUAAUGGGUCAAUUUGUUCUCAACUAAUUUCAUUGGACGAGCAUCUAGUCUAGAGCUAUGGUACCAACUUGGCA